UAAAACGUCUCAAAACUCCAGCACAAUACACAUAGUCUUUCCAGGACAAACAUGGUCACUUCUUAAUGCGCACAUUCUGCAAAGGAGAAAGAUUAUCAAAAUUGUGUUGAAAGGAAAAGAGGCAAGAAUCAAGUCCAAACAGAGAUUUACUAGACAAGAGUAGAAGUAGACUUCAGCUGAAAACUUUAGUGACCCUACAAGUUGAAUGAAGUAGCCAAUAUGAGAAACUUUCUCCACAUCUUCAUCAUCAUCAGUGAGGUCCUAAUCCUCAACUUUAUCUGCGCAUCCACACUCAGAGUGCAGAGGGAGAACAUGAAGGUGCGGAUCAAUGCUACAGAUGACACCAUUAUUCUGAAGUUCAUGCGACCACACAUGGACGCUAAGCUGGAAGGCUAUAUCCUGGGCUAUGGUAGUAGCAUGUUCUCCAAACAGUUCAUCCAGUUACCAAAGAAUGGAGAACCUUAUGAAACGGAGAUUGAUGCUGAACCAAAAUAUCUCAUUGCAGUGAAGCAGGUCAAAGCAAAUGAGGUUAAGAAACACUGCACAGAGAAAGUUACUCUGGAGAAGCCUCUGCAUUUGGUAAUUGGAUCUGUGACCCCAACCUCAGUUCUGCUGUCCUGGGGCACACUCUUGAAAACCCCAUAUACUGAGACUGAUCUGGAUGAUUGCAUCGAAGAGGGUGAGUUUACUGUGCGCUACAGAGAGAACGAGCCCAGCAAGCAAUGGAACUAUCAAACAUGUCCCACCACAAGUACUGUCAUUGACAACCUUAAACCGGAUACACCUUAUGAGUUUGGUGUCCGAGCAGACAUUGACACCAUCAGUGGAGCCUGGAGCCCUCCAGUAAUGCACAACACAGCUGAUGUAGACAUUCACAAACUUUUGGAAGAAAAACCAGCUGAGAACCGGGUGAGGCCUCAGGAGCCCAUUAUUAAAACUCCCCAAGCAUUCCUGCCUCCAGUUCCCGGAACAGGAAGCGAUGACAUAACAUCUCCCCCAUCUGAAGAUUCACUAUCCUUGACCCAGACCUUUUUUCAUACAGCUGUGAGACAACCCCCUUCAAAGACAACUAACACAUUUCAGUCCCAACAAUCUACUACAUCACCUCUUUCCAGAACUUCUCAACAACACCACCACACAUCCCAAUCCACAACAAGCACAAUAGAAACUAAACCUACCACUGAAAUCCUAUCAAGCACAACGAUCAGCACUAAAAUACAGCUGAGCACUACAAAAAUCCAUUUGAGCCAGAGCAAAACCCUGGCAAGCACAACUGAAACCCAACCAAGUACUACAAAUAUAAAACUGAACACAACUGAAACCCAAACCAGCACAACCAAAAGCCACCCCAGCAUACCUGAAAUUGUUCCUAACAAAAUCAACACUCACCUCAGUACAAACCACCUAAAAAUGACUGAGUUCCAUAGCAUAGGUCAACUCCAACCCACUACCAGCCAGCCUCAAACUACCACAACCCAAUCUCAGCCUAGCAUUAUGCAAAGUACAGUUCAAUUGCAUGUGAAAACAGUCCAAUAUAAGGCCCAAAUAACCCCAAACCCCAGUUCAACAAACCUCAGAACAACACAGCAAGCACCCAGCAAAGGUCAAUAUAAACACAGCACAAACCCCCAUUCCCAGCCUAACAGAACCAAAUCCCAGCCCAUCAUAACUCAACCCCAACCUAGCACAAUCCAAACCCAGCCCAUCACAACUCAACCCCAACCUAGAACAACUCAACCUAGCACAGUCCAAUUGCAUGUCAGUAUAUAUCAAUCUAAGCCUGAAACAAUCCCCCAAAAGCCCAGUCCAACAAAACCCAGAGCAACCACAGAAAACCCCAGGAAAAGCCACCAUAAACACAGCACAAACCACCGAUCCCAAUCCAACACAACCAAAUCUCAAGCCAUCGUAACCCCACCCCACCCCACAACAGUCCAACCCCAAAACAGAACAACUCAACCCCAAUCCAAGACAACUCAAGUCCAGAACAGUAUUACCCAAACCCAGAAAAGCACAGUCAAACAACAACCCAGCACAUCUCAAUUCCAAUUUAUGACAACCCAACCCAUGCCAUUUACAACACCCAGAACAACCCAAAUGCCAAGACUAAGCCAAUCCAGAAAAAUGCAAAAAAAAUCCAGCACAGCACAACCCCUAGUCAGAACAAUCCAACAACAAAUCCUCACCAAACCAAACACCAUAACCGAACAAGGCACUCUGAUAUUAACUCAACCUUGGACAACCAAAAAACAACCCAACAAAAUUCAACAACCUACUACAUCUCCAGAAAAUAUCUACAUGACCAAGCAACAACCUACCUUAAUCCAACCAAAACCUACACAAGAAUCCAAUACUUACUACAAAGUCAGCACAACAACAGAACAUCAACAGAUAUUAAACACUAACCUUUUUUUAAGAAGUACACCACUAACCUUGCCAAAGCCCAAAGCAAGCACCCAAAAAAGCAUUAUAUCACAGCAUAUAACUUCUCAACAUCCACCUUAUGACAACAACGAUACACCCAGUGCAAUUGAUGUAGUAACAAGACUAUGGAAACAGCCCCAAAGAUCCACAACAUUUCAACAUCGACCUGUACCAGACCAAGAUCAUCAACCAACAAGCUCUACAAUACAAUAUUACAACACUACACAUUUGCAAUAUGACAAAACUGAAAGCACCCCCAAGAGUAAGCCUUAUGUCACUAAUAGUCCACAUAGUCCCACCAAACAUGCACCUGAUGUGUCUAUUCAGCCAUUCAACUCAAAGCUGGUGCCAACAGCAAAAUCUAAUGUCAACCAAAACUCACCUCGGGCAGAAAAGCAGGCAGAGGCAGUCAACAAGAUGCUCCAACUCAACAAAGCGGGCCGAGGCAUCUUGCGCAACUUGUCAUCUUCUGCUUCAGUGACGUGCCAUUCUGCACAUACAGUGAUACGGAAUGGGACUGCCCGAGGGUGUGUCCCUGCAGUCACUAAACCCCACAGAAUGAGAGUCACCCCUAUCAAUAGAAACAACUCCUUGAAAAGAGCAAAGGUUCACAGUGGUGAGGAGCAUAAAGGACUGUCGAUGACUAAACCUUCAAAGCAAUUUCUUGGACCAAAACGGUCUCGGACUGCAAAGAAGAAGGGGCCAAACCAGGUGGAAAAGCCAAUAGACAAGGCAGAUAAAGUAACUGAUCUGAAGCAACUGGAGAUGGAUACACUGCUAAGUCUGAAGCCCCAUGUUGCUCCUGCCACAGAAGUACCAGAUUAUCAAAAGCCAACACCAACAAGCACACUCAUUUUUGCCUUUAACGGCAGCCGUUUUGACAACUCCUCUGUAUUCAGUUCCGUUCCUGUCUCUGAUGUGGACGCAAUGGGAAAAAAACGUUUUGUAGCCCCUCAUGUGAUCUAUAAGACAGAUAAGCGUCCAGAGGAGCCUUGUUCUGUCACUCAUUCUCUCAGCUUCUUCCCUGAUGAAGAGGUUGGGGACAUUAAUGUCACUGGCCCACCCAAGAAUCCUCCAUCCAACCUCACUGUGGUCACUGUUGAGGGAUGCUCCUCUUUCGUCAUUCUCGACUGGGAGAAAUCAGACAAUGAAACUACAGAAUAUGAGGUCACUUCCUCCACCAAGGGACCAAAUGGCAAAGAAGUGUCUAUCCUAACAACCAAUCAGACACACACAGCUGUGGAGAACCUGAAACCAGAGAGCAGUUAUGAGUUCACAGUGACACCCAAGAAUGAGCUGGGUUCAGGCCCUUCCAGUGAUCCAGUCACCUUCAGCACUGAAUCUGCGGACCCCCGUGUGAGUGAGAUCCCCACGGGUAAAAAUGCCAUCUGGUCAUCAUUCCCAUUCAAAGCAGACUCCUACUCUGAAUGCAAUGGGAGACAGUAUGUGAAACGCACCUGGUACCGCAAGUUUGUGGGCAUUCAGCUGUGUAACUCGCUUAGAUACAAGAUCUAUUUAAGUGAUUCUCUUAAAGGAAAAUUUUAUACCAUUGGGGAUCAGACUGGGUAUGGAGAGGAUCACUGUCAGUUUGUUGACUCUUUUCUGGAUGGACGGACUGGAGGCCCACUGCCACCAAACCAGUUACCACCCACACAAGGCUAUUUCCGGGCUGUCCGCCAAGAGCCUGUGAAGUUUGGACUGAUUGGUGGGAGCUCUCACAUCAACUAUGUGGCCUGGUAUGAGUGUGGAAUCCCCAUUCCAGGAUCGUGGUAGACCCCCUGCAGCUGUCUAACGCACUUGAUAAGAAUGUAUAGUUGUUUAGAGAUCACAUAUAAGAAGACUAUGUAAAUUUGUACAAAAAGCACAAGUCCUAUUGAAUUUAUCUACAUUAUCUAACGGCACAUACAAUGCUUUAUUAUUUAUAUGCAGAAUAAAUCGAUUGGUCAUCUAGAGUGAAUAAAGUAAAAAAAAUAGAAGAGUUUAUGGAAGCACGGGGUAGCAGGCUCCCUGAAUGGUUGAAAUAUGUAUAUUAUGUAUCAAAAGGCUGGGCAUAAUACCAGUGAUUUCCUGACCACAGAAAAAAGAGAUGGCAAAGAACCAAUCACAGAUGACAAAUGCUUACUCUGCAGCUGCAAUAAUACACAUUAAAACACACACCAAUACAAAUUGAUUUUUUUGAGUAUCUUUUGUUAGCUCUAAUUUACAUAUAAAAUAUCUUAUGAGAGUUCUAAUACAGUUUACACAGCUUGAAACAAACAAUUAUUCUUUUAUGGAGUCUUGCAGCUUUUCGAAUUCAUAAGCAAUCUGUGACUUAAAGAAAAUGACUUAUUAGUGAAAUCUGCUACCAGUAAUAAUCAGAACCAUAUGGGAAUCAUAGCCAUUUGAGAAAAUGUAGCAGCAGGAAAAUGUGGCAAAUUGCUCAAAGCACAGAAUUUUACUGGCUCAUAAUUUGCAGUCAGGGCUUUUACAAUGCAAUUUUAUGGAAGAGUUUUUAAUGCUUUUUUUAAUGUAUUUUUGAGACUAAUAUUGAACCAUUUAACACUGCAAAAAAGUUUUAUCCUGUAAUGUUUUUGUGUUUAGUUUGUGAACAAAAUAAAUGUUCUUUUCUGAA